AUGAUACACCUUCAUCGCCCGCGUGGUCAUGAUGCUACGAAGGAGCUCUCUGAGAAAGAUGCUGCACGAACAGUGGUGAGCGAUGUGGCUCAAGACAUUGACCCUGUCAUCGAGAAGCGAGUGUUGAAAAAGAUCGAUUGGUACUUUAUGCCAGCAAUGCUUAUCGGUUAUGGCAUGGUAUACUAUGACAAGGCAAUCCUGGGGAGCGCUGCAUUAUUUGGCAUGACGACAGACCUGUCAUUGAUGGUUGUUGACCGAUCCACAUCUCCGCCUACAGUUGACACGUCCCGUUUGAGCUGGGCCACAUCCAUUUUCUAUUUCGGCAUGCUGGCUGGUCUUUACCCCAUGACCUUUAUGCUUCAACGGUUCAACAUGCGCAGCGUGCUCGGACCUGUGGUUCUUGUCUGGGCGAUCGUCUGUGCAGCUACUGCUGGCGUUGCCUCGUGGAGGGGCUUGUUCGUGCAGCGAUUCUUCUUGGGAUUCAUCGAGAGUGUGAUCCCGACAGGGUUCAUAUCUAUCGUCAGCGGGUAUUAUACCCAGGAAGAGCAAGCUCUUCGACAAGCGUGGUGGUUCUCCGGCACUGGCUGGUUCACCAUCAUCGGUGGCGCCCUGAAUUAUGGGUUUGGUCAGAUCACGUCAGGAUCCUUGGCCCGAUGGCAAUAUAUCUACAUAUUAGCCGGUGCACUGACUUUUGUGUUUGGACUGUGGUGCUGCACGCUUCCUAAUUCGCCUGUCUCGGCAUCGUUCUUGACUCCAGAACAGCGAAUUGUGGCUGUUGAGCGGUUACGCAAGGGUCAGACUGGCGUUCGGUGCCAAAAGAUCAAGUGGGAUCAAAUCAGAGAAUCUCUGACUGACGUGAAAUUUUAUCUGGUCGCUGUUAUGAUGGCCUCGGCAUAUACAAUCAACGGUGCUAUUGCCGGGUUUGGACCCUUGAUCGUCUCCACCUUCGGCUACAAUACUCUUGAGUCCAUUUUGUUUCAGUUUCCCGUGGGCGCAAUCUGUGUGAUAUUCAUCCCCCUCUGUGGCUACAUUCCCACGAUCGUGCCCAAUACACGAAUUCCCAUGCUCAUUGCAUGCUGCCUCCCUGUCAUUGCUGGCUGUAUCAUGAUUUGGAAGUCCGAGUGGAAUCAUCGCCCUGUCGUUCCUGUGGUUGGGUACGCAUUGACUGGAUUUUUCGGACCGGUCGUGAGCUUGAUCAUCACCAUCGGGGCAAGCAAUGUAGCUGGUGCUACCAAGAAAUCAAUCAUGGCAGCCACAAUUUUUGUGGCGUAUACAGUGGGAAACAUCAUUGGGCCUCAACUGAUCAGAAGCGAGACAAAAGCCCGCCAUUAUCCCGAAUUGUGGACUGCGAUGAUCAUCUGUUACUGCAUCGUCAUUGCUACAGCUGGAAUACUUUACGCUCUCCUUCGACGCGAGAACCAUGCACGAGACUCUGUCAACCUGGACGAGGUCCAGCGCGACAAGAUUGCUUUUGAUGACUUGACAGAUAAGCAGAAUCCGUUCUUCCGAUACGUCUUGUGA